AUGGCACCUGCGAUUCGCAAGGUCAUCCAGACCAUUAUCCAGCCUGAUGCCACUUCUGUGUCAGUCAUUGAUCUGGGGAAUACCAAGCGCUGGUCAACUCUGAGCUUAGUCGAAUCCCCAGUGUCUACUCCGACCACGCCGAUCGUCCAGUUCGACAAAGCAAAACCCCCAGUUGGGAGUUAUCCUACAAGAAGCACUGGACUGUCGGCUACAGACAAAGGCGUGAUAGCAGGGUGUGCUAUUAGUGUUGUUGUUGUUCUUCUGCUGCUCUUGUGCUGGUGUUACCUCCGCCCUUCGCCGUGGUCCUUCCGAUCGUUACGUCCCAAAGUACCAUCCGUACCGAAAGAUCCUCCUCCAGAAACCACACCUGCGGAUCCCGCUCCUGCUGACAACCCGUCAAAGAAAAAGAAAACCGUUACUAUAUCGGCAGAUCUCCCUCGAUACUUUGGCAAGUCGACCAUCUCGCCUCUUGUGCGAUACUCAACGGAGUUCACCUCGGUGACUGGAUUAGAGAUCAGAGAAGGAAGAUCUGGACCGAUUCGUUUUAUGAUUCGACAACGGGACAGACCGAGGAGAAAGCGGCGCCGGAGACACCGAAGCAAAGUCAAAGGUCCUGAGGAUGGAUGA